AUUACGAUUCAUUCGAUCGAUUUUAUCGAUGAAAGAAUGAUCACGCGCAGAGUGAAUAAUUUUCCACUCGAACACUGUUCAUUUUAUCAUUUCGAAAAAUGGGGUGGAUGAAAAAGUGCAUUCCGAUUGCAUUAUUUGUGAUCACCAUCCUUUCCUACGUCAAAUGUGAUGGAGAAUUGGUUAUCAUUCAUCAACCACCUAUCGUAAAUUUCUACGACGAAAGACCUCUAUUCGUAACCGAAUUGAAAUACGUAUUUGGAACUUGUCUAGGUUAUCUUCAAGGAAAGAGUGCUGAAUGGCAAGAUCUUCAUUUAAGUGCACCGUUUGAUUUCUUUAACAUUGUUUUUAUGGUAGCUGUAGUUCCUGGCGUAGAAACACUCAAUGUAACGGGUGCAAUACGCAUCCCUCUGAUAGAAGAUGAUCAUCUGAACAUAACGUACGAUGAAAUUAAUCUCGAAACUACCACGACGUUUAAACACUGCACCUUCACCUCGAAUGGGAAAUCACAACGUUUUGAUUUACCAAAAAUAAACGUCGGCGAUAGUGACACGACCAGUAGUUCUAUGGUGCACAAAUUUCACGAGAAGAUAGAGGCGGAUAUGCAGAAACCUGCGACGAACGAAGGUCCUCAUAUUUACUGGGGAGAGUGUCCUAAAUUCGAUGAAAAAGAUCCGGAAUAUUUAGAAGCUGCUCAUAUGAUAAUGUCGACUUCGAUGAAAAGCUUGGCCGAAAUGGUUAAAGAACCUCGAAAACCAUUGAUAGCUUUAAUCACUCACACUGGCAAAAUAACCUUAACUCGCUGAAAACGAUAAACGCCGGAAGAUCUUUUUUGAAGCAGUGAUUCAAGUUAUUUUAAAGUUUAAUUAAACUUACUCAAUGUGACAUAUUUUUUUGUUUAUUAGUGUUAUAAAAUGGCCAUAUUUUUUUGAUAUCCAAAUCCAGUGCUUUGAUUCGAAGUUUGAAGCCAGGGAUGGAAGAGCCUUGAUUUCAGGGCUCCCGCUCUUGGCUCUGGCUCAGCUCCCCACAAAUUUUAGCUCUGGCUCGCUCUUGGCUCUUGGCUCUGUUUCUUUACAUGUGCUCUUUGGCUCCUUGCUCGCUCCUCAAUUCUUUCCGACUCCGCUCUUUGACUCUCAGCUCCCUCUUCCAAUUUCUUGGCUCCCACUCCAGCUCCAGCUCUGGCUUUUGGCUCUUUAAAUUAGAACUUAAAAUCCGUGAAAAACGAUGAAAAAAAUGAAAAUAUACUGCAUUUAUUUUCAUUUUAUUUUUCAAUGAGAAAAAAAAACGUAGAAAUUCUUCAUUUUCUUUACAAAUGUGAGUUAAAAGUUGAAUUUUCAAUAAAAUUGUGCGCAUUUUUUCACUUUUUUUCUACUUUUAGGGAGCCAAAGAGCCUGAAAAAUUUUGUGGGCUCCCACUCGGCUCUGGCUCUUUCCAGGUUGAAGACUCCUUAUGAUGAUGGCUCUCUUGAGUAAAAUAAGGAGCUCUUUUGCAAGAGAGCUCUUGAUGUUUUUCUGCACUUUCAUUUAUUUGGCUCUUGGCUCUGGCUCUAGCUCCUCAAAAAAUCCGGCUCUUUCAGACUCUGGCUCCGGCUCGCUCCCGGCUCUUCCAUCCCUGGUUUGAACCCGUCACUUUGAAGUUUGAACUUGUUCUUGUUCUUGUAUAAUUUUUCAGCUCAAUGAUGCUGUCAUAAUAAUAUUUUUGAUUAAAAAAUAAUUGUUGUUCUCA